AUGUUCAACACCGGCGCCCCUGCAACCUCAGACGCAACUACAACCUCAACCACAUCCACAACGGCCAGGUCCACAGGCACCGCGACCUCCACUGAAUCCACCACUACCUCUACUUCCGAUGAGGAUUCAAGCUCAAGCUCAAGCGCAGACUCGACUUCUAGGUCUGCGGCGUCGCGAACGAUAUCUGCGGCGGAAACUCGGUCUACGUCCGGCUCCAGCUCUAGUUCUAGUUCAAGGUCUAGCUCUGCAAGUGAAAAUGAUAGUGCUGGUACGACGACUGCUUCAUCUACUAGCUUUGCGCAGGGUGGUGGAGAGACGGGGUCUACUAAUGCUGCUCCUGUGGUUACGGGUUAUGUGGGGUUGGAGAUGGGGGCUGUUGCUGUUGGGGCUUUGUUGGUUUUGUAG